AUGAAUAUAUUAUGCAUUACUGGACCAAGAAAGCAGACCCAAAAUGACCGCCAACAAGCCAGUCGCCUAUGGCUGCGCAUCAAAGCCACAACCCUCCGAAUCCUCAUGAAAAUCGGCAUGAUAUUGCACGGCUACAUUCCAUUCCCCAGUCCGCCCAUCCCAUGCUUCACCAGAACCAUUAAACCUUCCUCCUCCCCCAUCUCUUACGUGUGCUCUCCCCAUGUCCGUUCUCUUCCCUCCUUCUCUAAACUAAAAGAUAUGAUAACCCUCCACUUCUACACACCGGCCAACUACCAGACCAACUCCGCGGACGGUAAAAGAUGGCCCGUGGUCGUAAACUUCCACGGCGGCGGCUUCACUAUCGGCUCUGCAACUGACGAUUGCCGCUGGGCGCGAAUAGCCGUGUCUCGCGCCAAAGCUGUCUUUGUGAGCGUCGAUUAUCGUCUGGCACCUGAAAACCCGUUCCCGGCUGCCGUAGACGAUGGCGUUGACGCUCUGCUCUAUCUAGAAGCCAAUUCCGAAGCGCUCUCGCUUGAUAUGAGCCGCGUGAGUCUCACAGGGUUUUCCGCGGGGGGGAAUCUGGCCGUCACCGUACCGCUGCGGUUAUAUCGUCGUACCAUCGAACUGCAUCACCACCAUCACCAGCAGCACCAGCAACACCAGGACCAACAGCAGGAGCAAUUUUCAGGUGUAUAUACUCCAGCAAGCGGAUAUAGCUACGAAGACCUUGGCCAAAUUGACUCAAACCAGUUCCUCCUGAGCCACCUGAACCACUCUACACACUCCCUUCCACAACCAGAAACUCACCACCCCCCAGCCCAAGCCCCAACCCCCAGCAUAAACUUCCAAAGCAUCUUCGCCUGGUACCCAAUCCUCGAUUUCGUCACAACCCGCGAAACCCGCCGUAACCGCUCCAAGAACCCCGACAAACGCCUCCCGGGCUUCCUCACAAACCUCUUCGACGAGUCCUACGUCCCCAGAUUGGAAGAUCGGGUAUCCCCCUUCGCCUCCCCGCUGCGUGCAACGGAUACCAUGCUGGCAGAGGCGCUGCCGGCGGAUGUGUUUCUGUACGUGUGCGAGUGGGAUAUGUUGUUGGAGGAAGGGCAGGAGUUUGCGAAGAAGUUGGAGGGUUUGGGUAAGAAGGUGCGGUCGAUGAUGGUGGCGGGGCAGGGCCAUGCGUGGGAUAAGAGCGUGAAUCCGUUGAGGGAUCAGGAGGCUGUGGAUCUUUUGUAUCAGGAGGCUUGUGAGGAGAUGAGGGGGAUUUUUGAGAGGGGGAGGUAG